CAUUGGUCAUAACACAACUUCCACUAUAAAUAAUACCUGACAUAAUAUCACUCUUCCAAAUACACCAUAAACAAAAUCCAAAUUAAAAAGGUCAUUUUUCUAAAGAUGAAGCUCUUGUGGAAACCUCACAUGAUGAAGGCAGUUUCUAGAGCAAUCUUUGCUCUAUUCUUUGUGGCAAUGCUAAGUUCAGGGAUUGGAGAGAGUAGAAAAUCCAAGAUUGUAACAACUUCAUUUGAGUACAAUGCAAUAAACUGCAGGGCACACACUGCAUCAUUGACGGAUUUUGGUGGUGUUGGUGAUGGAAAAACAUCAAACACAAAGGCAUUUCAAGCUGCAAUUAGUAAUCUGAGUCAGUACGGUUCGGACGGCGGUUCCGAGCUCUAUGUUCCGGCCGGCAAGUGGCUCACCGGAAGUUUUAGCCUCACCAGCCACUUCACACUCUAUCUUGACAAAGAUGCUGUUCUACUUGCUUCUCAGGAUAUGAGUGAGUGGCCAACCCUUUCGCCCCUCCCAUCAUACGGUAGAGGAAGAGAUGCACCAGCUGGAAGGUACCAAAGCUUCAUAUUUGGAACAAAUCUAACUGAUGUUAUCAUCACAGGGGAAAAUGGGACCAUUGAUGGGCAGGGUGCAUUUUGGUGGCAACAGUUCCACAGAAAGAAGUUGAAGUACACAAGGCCCUACCUCAUUGAACUUAUGUACUCUGAUAACAUUCAAAUCUCAACUCUAACUCUCCUUAAUUCCCCAUCAUGGAAUGUUCACCCUGUUUACAGCAGCAAUAUUAUUGUGCAAGGAAUCACCAUCAUUGCUCCUGUCUCAUCUCCAAACACAGAUGGCAUCAACCCAGAUUCCUGCACAAACAUAAGAAUUGAAGACUGCUACAUAGUUUCCGGGGAUGAUUGUGUUGCAGUCAAGAGUGGAUGGGACGAGUAUGGCAUAAAAUUCGGUUGGCCAACAAAACAACUAGCCAUCAGAAGACUAACAUGCAUAUCACCAUACAGCGCAACCAUCGCCUUAGGAAGUGAGAUGUCCGGCGGCAUUCAAGAUGUCAGAGCAGAGGACAUCACAGCAAUCCAAACAGAAUCAGGCGUAAGGAUCAAGACGGCGGUAGGAAGAGGAGGGUUUGUGAGGGACAUAUAUGUCAAACGGAUGAACCUUCACACUAUGAAAUGGGCAUUCAAGAUGACCGGCGACUACAAUUCGCAUGCCGAUAGCCAUUAUGAUCCCAAUGCAUUGCCUGAGAUCAAGGGGAUUAACUAUAGAGAUGUUGUUGCUGAGAAUGUUACCAUUGCUGCAAGGUUUGAAGGGAUAUCCAAUGACCCUUUUACUGGAAUUUGCAUUGCCAAUGUGACAAUAGGGUUGUCUGCAAAGGCCAAGAAACAACCUUGGACUUGUGCUGAUAUUGAAGGGAUGACAAGUGGGGUUACUCCUCCACCUUGUAGCUUGUUACCUGAUCAAGGUCCACAAAAAAUCUCAGCUUGUGAUUUUCCUCAGGAGCCUCUUCCUAUUGAUAGCUUGGAGCUUAAGAAAUGUGCUUCUACUGUGCUACUUUCCUAGUUUCAUGAGCUAUAUUUAUGGUUGGGGUGUAUUUAGCCUAUGUACCAUAUUUAUAUGUUUUGAGAGAAGUGUUUUUAUUGUCUUCUUUUUUCUUUUUUAAUCUUGAUAGCUUGGGGUUUAAGAUAUGAGAUCCUUGCAAUUAUAGUAAUGAAAAUGGAAAAUGGUUUUCUUUUCCC